CCGAAACCGUAGGUUCUGUUUGCUGUCCGGUGGUGGUAGGGGACGUGCAGCCUCAGCCACACAGUCUUGGAAGCUGCGCUUCGACGACUUCGACGAACGCUGCCUGGAGUGGCAUCUCACUUAAUAAUCCACCACUCACUACCCACCGCCGACCUCUCUUUCCCCUCACCCUCGCCAUCCCCCGCCUCAUCGCCCACCAUGCCGCCCUUCCUCAACAACCCGCUGCCGUCGUCGAUGCGAAGCGAAUGCAAAAAAUGCGGACGUAUCCUCGCAUCCUUCAUCGAUCCGCGACAAGCGUUUGGACCUGACAAGGUCAUUCCGCCCUCCAUUCUCGCCAACGCCAAGGGCCUCGCCAUCAUCACAGUCUUCAAGGCCGGCUUCCUCGGCUCCGGGCGGUUUGGAUCGGGUGUUGUGGUAGCGCGUCUUGCAGAUGGUACAUGGUCAGCACCGAGCGCCAUUGGAACAGUCGGAGGCGGCUUUGGUGGACAGAUUGGAUUCGAAUUGACGGAUUUCGUCUUCAUCCUCAACGAUGCGAGUGCUGUCAAGACCUUCUCGCAAGUGGGCUCCUUGACAUUGGGAGGCAACGUCAGUAUCGCUGCCGGACCGGUCGGGCGCAACGCUGAAGCUGCUGGAGCCGCGAGCUUGAAGAGUGUCAGUGGCAUCUUCGCAUACAGCAAGACGAAAGGUCUCUUUGCGGGUGUGAGUUUGGAAGGCUCGGUGUUGAUCGAGCGAAGAGAUGCAAAUGAAAAGAUGUAUGGACGCAAGUUGACUGCGAGGGAGCUGCUGGGUGGUAACGUGCCUGUGCCUCCACAAGCGGAGCCACUUACAAGAGUGCUGAACUCGAGGGUCUUUGCGGGCGUAGGAGGUACAUUCAGAGACGAUGCCAUGUACAACGAUGUACCGGUUUACGAUGACAGCCAUGAGGACGUGGUCUGGCAAGGGCGGACUGGCGACGGCUACAACGCCGGGAUUCCGACACAGAGGACUGGUGACUUCCGACAAAACGAAUUCGGUGGACCGAAUCGCGCAUCGACUUGGUCGGACCAACAGACAACCUACGGCCGUGCCAAUCCGAACGAGACAUUUGACACCAUGGGAUCUCGAAGUCGAUCAUCCACAAUUGGCGAUCAGUCCGAAUACGUCUACAGUGACCGCAAAGGACCGGCACCUGGUCGUCCCUCAGCGCCAAAGCCUGCAUUUGGCAGUAAACUAGCAUCAGCGUCCCCCGGACAAGCUAUUGCCAAGUUCACAUUCGAAGCUGAUCAGCCGGGCGAUCUGGGCUUCAAGAAAGGCGAUGUAAUCGACAUCGUGAAGCGAACUGAGAACGAAGCCGAUUGGUGGACUGGACGAAUUGGAAACCGGGAGGGCAUCUUCCCAAGCAAUUACGUCGAGGUUGUAUGAAUCCGCCGAGGAAAGGUAUCUGGUUGGCUACUUUACCUUCUUGGAUUAUUGUUCUUCGCCUGCGCGUACUUGCUGGCCUUCGAAAUACCCGGAUGAUAUCACGAGAGCGUUGCGGUUUUGAAUGUGACAUGGCUGAUGAAUGAUGCCGCAAAGAGAGAUUGUAAAUAGCGUGGCGUUUCGUGGUCCCCUAAGAUUUUAUGCUCGACAGUAGCAUUAGCGUAGCGAUACAGGUGGUGGCAUUUUUGUGAGUUCCUUCUUCAUCAUUCAUCAUAAAUCAGUUCGUAGCGCGAUCCAUCGAACCGUCGCCGAUAGCUUCUCUCUGCAACCAACUGGGGCAAGCUGUUGGCUACAGGCUCGGCGUGAGAGAAACAGAUGCCAUGGAGCGAUCGUCUUCAUCAUGUCUGGAAAGCUUACGUCCUGCUCCCAGACGUUUCGGC